GGGAAGGGGGUAUGUUGGGGAAAUCCCCUCGCUGUCACGACUGAAAACACGUCUCCUUUAAGACAACGAAAAUGCGUAGCCUAUACAGACCGAGGGGGCUUCGGUUGGCAUCAAACAGCAACAUAGUGCUGCUGAUAAACCCGGGGAGAAGGCGUUCAAAUUAUCAUAAUAAAGGACAUCUCUUGACACUUUUCUAUCAUCUCAAGACCGUUCUACAAUCCUGCAUGCUGUACUGUUGCGGAAGUAAGGACGAGGAGAGGGAGCGCGCGGAAAAAGAAGAUGUUUUACUGAAAAGGGAGGCAGAACCUUUAGUGAAGAAUCCAGGCAGCUUUCAUUCUGAGUCCGAGAUGUACGGAACCGCAGGCAUGCCCGAACUUCUGCCUCCUAGUGGGGUAUUUCAGCCAAGUCCCCAUGACCCGUGUCAGGUGCCACAUCUGACUAGUGAGCUAAACCAGGGCACUAUAGACCAUAACUCAUACCAGCAGAGGUUAGGCCGAAGGGCUCCAAAGCUGGGACAAAUCGGACGGUCAAAGAGAGUGGUCAUUGAAGAUGAGGACUUGGACGACAUCAUGAACAACAAUGGAACACUACCCUUGCCAAUCAGCCACUCUCCUGCCUGAACACCUUAAUCAAGGAAUUCAGUUCAACAUUUGGCUUAACAUUUAAGACGUCCGUUGUCUGGUCAGCGGGCAAAACCUGGACACUGUCUUUUGAAGUCUUAAAUACGUUGUAGUACUUUAGCAGCAUGCGCGUCACAUGUAGUUUAGUCGCAAGGCUCUGUUGUCACCGGGAACGGUCCGAUGAAAUGUUAAACGUGGGUGCGAGUCUGCUGCAGUUGUCCAGGUGCGUUAGCGCGAGGUUGUCGGCAGGGGUCGCUGACAUACCAAGCACGCCAUUGCACAAUGUUCCAGGUAGCCCGCACACAACACAGCAACACUGUGAAUGGAUAGACGUUUUAAAAAUCGACUAUAUGCUUUCGCAAUCGUAGCAAAGUUUCGCAAAUCGAAGCCAAGUUGUGCGUACUCUCUGUAGGGAUAGUCAUUGUUAUAAACAGCAUUUUCCCUUUAAGUUGUCCGUCCAUAUAAGUGAAAAUAACUCCAAGGAAAUGCAUUGGUAAUGCAAAGACUUGUAUCAUGUUUACAUCAUAUUUAUGCAAAAAUAAUGCCUUAUAUGUUAACGGAUAUUUGUCACUGCCAUAGACUUUCCUUUAAGGAUUAUUUUCAACGCAUUUUCCUUAAAGUUUGUUUGCAUUUUUAUUAUUAAUAAUAAUUUAAGUAUGGCAAGAAUACAUAUUCUAUCAUCAAACGUUUUACAUUGGACAAGUGCAACAUUUGUAUACAAUAUGUUGAUAAGAGAAACCACUAGCACUGUGAGUUUGAAUAGAUCUCUCUCACACACACACACACACUUACGAAGACAUGCACUCCGUGACAAGGAUAGGCUAUGGGGUCUGCAAACGACAUGAUUAAAAUAUCAGUAUUUGGCAUGGUGCUGGCUUUUCACUACAGCUUUGAAAGUACUCAUUAAAGCAUCCACCGUAUCGCCCCAUCGACUGCAUUCUUAUCACAGAUAAACUAAAAAGCAUGUUGGUUUCGUUUCCUCCAAUUGUUUUAUGUAUGAUAUGACCUUUGAGGGCUGCUGCUGUAUCUGAGGAACUGAACUGUUAUACCAUUUCUCCACCAGGGGGUAACAAAGCCAAAGCAAUGACUAGAAUGUGCUUCAUGCAGGUUUCAAUCCCUCGCAUGCCUGUUGCAACCGCUGUGCUUUUGUGUACUCAUAUUUAGUUCCUCUGUGUCUGAUUAAAUCUAAUCUCAUUUUGAA